AACCAUGAUUGUUUAGUGACUAUGUGAAAGCUUAUCGCAUUAAUAUUUAGGUAUUUGGAUAGCACUUUCGUCUGGAAUCUUUUUUCCUGGUGUCAGAAUCUUGUCUAUAAGGUGUGACCAGAGUUUGUUAUAUUCGUUGAAGUUAGCUUUCUAGAAAUGACACUUUAGAGUAGUUAUAGUCGCCUUCUGUUGCAUGUUGCUGUGAAUAGACAGGAUGGGUAGCGAUGGCUCGGCACGUUUCCGUGAGGGUGCUAUAGACUCCAUUACUGUGGAGAAUUGGAUGGCUUACACUGGUCCCGUUCGCUUGAAGGCGCUCCCUGGUGUGAAUAUUAUAGCCGCUGCGAACGGUUGUGGGAAGAGUGCGAUUGUCUGUGCCAUUGCUUUAGGUCUUGGUUUUGAUACGAAUGUUCUAUCUCGUGGCGACAACAUCCGUUCGUUUAUCAAGCGUGGUUUUAAUCAAUCCAAGAUUGAGAUUGGCUUAAUUGAUAGCUCCAUGCCUUCUGGUAUUCUCACUCUGACUCGUCUUAUCACUGUCACUCAUUCCAAUACCUCCGAUGGUACUUCUCAGGCGGACUCCACUGACUUGCCUGGCGAUGGUGAGGAAUUUGCGAAUGCUGAUCCUAAGUCAAGUAAUUCUAGGCAUACAGGUGGCGAUGAGGACGAAGAAUAUGACGAGAGCACUCCCAGCAAGAUGAAAACUAGGGGUAACAAACGCCGUAAAACGGACAAGGCGUUAUCUAUGGAUAUUCCUAGUACACCUGCCAGUUCAUCAACUUCAGUUCGCAAUGAGUGGAGUAUAAAUGGGAAAUCUGUAACUUUUGAGAUGGUUAAAAGCGUUCAGCGCCGAUUGAACCUACAGGUUAACAACUUGCUUACUUUCCUUGCUCAGGCUAAUGUUGGAAAGUUUGCUGCUUUAUCUCCUCAACAACUAUUUAGGUCAACAUUGAAUGCAAUAGAGCCUUCUCUGUGUACUGAUUUAGACACCAUGACUGAUAUGGCCAAGGACUUGCGUUCACAGCGUUCUAAGAUGCAGCUUUUGGUUGAUGAAUUGAAUUCAACAACUGUUAAAAUAGCUCAGCUUCGUGUGAUCAGUGAUGCUUUGAGUAAGAUUAAGGAUGCCACAUUGUAUGCCAAUUUGGUAAAGCAGCGUUUAUACAGGGUCAAGUUAUCUAAUUUGGAGCGUGGUUACAGGUCCACCAAGACUAGAAUGAAUUCCACAUCUGAGGACUAUCGUCGUCUAACUGACGAGAGGAGCAUGUUGGAUCAGAACAUCAGGAAGGUUACACAGGAGAACGACCGUUUACUUAAACUAUUUCGGAACAGGAUAUCUAAGGCCAAGGGUGUCAAUGUAUUGCAUACUGUAAAGCCGGUUAAAACUAGUGACAUGUCAGUAGUUCCUCUGGCAGAUGACAAUACGUUUGACAAGGUGUUUUAUAAGUGUAUGACUGCCAUGCGUACAUUUGCUGCCAACGUCCGACCGAAGCCUGGUAUAAUUAAGUCCAAGAACCCCAACAAGGACGUUUUGGAGCGUCGAUUAUCCGAUGUCAACAAGGAGAUUGAGUUAUUGGAGAUGCAGGUAUCCGCUGAGAAUGAGUUGACAUCUGAGAUUGCAGAGUGCCGUAUGCAGGAGGAAGCUGCUCGAUCACGACUUGCUGCGCUUCAAAGUCCGUCUAUUCGUAGUUAUGAGGAUAUUCAAGUUGAGAAUUUAUUGAAGCGCUUGAAUGUUAUCAAAAGGGAUGGUUACCGUAGGUUUAUGCGUUGGCGUCGCGAGCAAUUGAAUACAACUAGUCCUGGUUCUCAACCUGACGCCAACGAUUCUGGUGAUUCACCCAAUACCAAACCUGUAAGAGACGCUGCUUCUCUUCCAAAGCUAUUGGUUAGCGACAUGAAGGUUCGUGGCAAAUCCAACUGUUGCAUCAUUGAGGAGACUGCUAGUACUUACAUGGAAUCUCUUUUAUUGACUGAAGACAUGGACCCAAGUACUUACAACAUAAUUAAACGCUAUAAUUUGCCUUCAUUGACGCCUCCCAAGGAACCUCCAGUUUUAUGUCGUGUUACUGAUCGUAUGAAAGAGUUUGGUGUAAAGCUAUUCUUGCACGAAUUGGUUGAAUGCCAGGAUCCGGCUACCAUGAAUACCUUGGCUAGUGUAGCUCGUCUGGGCACAUCAUUUGUCGUUGAUGAGGAUAUAUUCUCUUUAAGGAUGCGUGGCGAAUCCACUGUUAAGUUACCUUUGGUUACUUUAGUGAAGGCUGAACCUAAUGAGUUUGAACACGUAGAUACUUCGGAACAUCAUUCUGGUAUGGGUCCUACUAAAUCUUCUGAGGUAUUGGAUAUGUUGCUGGAUGAUAGGACUGUUGAUUCACACGGCUCCCAAUUGUCUGGCAAUUCUACAGCACGAUCAGGGGUCUCUGUGACUAAAUGUGACACCCAUAAGCCACUUGAACAAGGUUCCCAAAGUGUUGAUUCAGGGGUGGGAUCCACAGUGGCACCUGAUUCCGCAAAUCUCGAUUUGUUUGUGGAACGAAAAGGUACUGCUAAAGAUGAAUGUGGCAGCCCUGUGGAAUCGUUGACUAUGGAGGAAGACUUCUUUAGAUCGUUUUAUCGAUGCAUGACUGAUGAGAUUUCCGAGCAAUUGGGUCAGCGGGUGCAUAUAUUACGUUAUUACAUCGGCAAUAAGCGCCACAUUUAUAGGGAAUUUCGGGGCUGCAGUGAGCUUUACAGUGACUACUGUGUUGAGAUACCUACUGUACCCACUAUUUUGCAUGACUGCAGCAGCUUGAUCACUGCUGAUAACAGCACCAGUAUUGAUGCUGCUCAGGUUGAGUUGCAGGACAUCACUAAGCGUUUAAGUGUUCUUGACGGUAUGUUAUUUGUUCGUCGACAGGACAACACUGCGGUAUCUGGUCGUUUGUAUGUACUGAAUCGUGAGAAGAAAUCUUUGUGUCGUACUUUGAAUACCCUUGAAGGUGCAUUAGGCCCCGGUGGCAACAAGCAACGCGGCGAGUUAGAUAGUAUGGAGCGUUCACAGCGGGAUGAAAUAUCUGAAUCGUUGGAAAAGCGUGCUGAUUGUAUAAUGACAUGGAUUGAGAAGGCUCGUGUUCGGCGUGCUGCUGUUUCUGAAGCCCAGUCUUUGCAUUCUGAAUAUUGCAAGGUACACGCGCGCAAGAUUCGUCUGGAGGAUUUGUCAAAGCUGACUGAAAACAGUUAUGAGGAGAUAUCUACGGAGUACAAACGUUUAGAGGGUACCUUGGAGGAGCAGGAGAUGAAGCUCAAGGGUUACCAGCGUGAGAUUACUGAGCUCAAUAUAUUGAUCAAAGCUAUUAGUGGAGAAUUGGUUGAAUCAUCUGCUGAUGGGGAGAAUUCUGCUGACACCCGUGAACGUGAGGCUUUGCGUAUUCGUCAGGAGAAGGCUAGCAAAUUGGACCAGUUGACUGAGGCUGACCUUGAGCGCGAGUUACAGCUUGCCGAAUUGGAUGUCAAGCGUCUUGAGCGUGACGAUUGUGAGGAGACUAUAAAUGCGAAGGAGAUGCGCGAUUCUAUUAUUCAUGAAGAGCGGUUAUCUACUGAGAUAGCUCAGGCUGAGGCUGGUAUAUUAGAGCUUAAUCGUUCUCGCACUGAAAUGUUUUUGAAUUGGCUUAGUCGUGUUAACGAGAUUGUAUCGCAAGUCGACUUUAAUUUUGGUCGUUACAUGUCGCGCAUCGGUGAAGGUGCUGGUGGCCAGAUUCGUUUGGAUGCUACUAUGGACAACAUAAAGGACGCCAAGUUGACGGUGAUGGUGAAGUUUCACCAAGAUCGCGACCUAUUACCUCUAAAUGCUUCUUAUCAAUCUGGUGGUGAGCGCGGUGUGACCACUAUGGUAUACAUUUUAGCCGUUCAGCAUUUGACUACCAAUGCAUUUUUUGUGAUUGAUGAGAUUAAUCAGGGUCUUGAUGCCAACUAUGAGAAGCGUAUAAUGGGACUAUUACUUGGUUGCUAUGGCGAUCAAAAUACAGAGAGCGGUUCCCAGAGGACCAGAGAGCUUGCUCCUCCUCAAUAUUUCGUCAUCACUCCUCAGUUGCUUCCUGGCAUUGACCUUCGUAAUGCUGCUUUGCAUUUCCCCUUGAAUGGGCCUGGCGUGAUAAACGGCAUGGUAUUAUGAAAGCGUUAUAUCUAAUUUGGAUUUUGUAAUAUAAUCUUUAUUAGACUUUUGCUUAGAUACUGUUGU